AUGGAGUACACGGACAUAGACAAGGUUCUGGAUGAAUUCGAGGCUCUGGAAGGAUGCGAAUGUACGUUGCUAAAGAAACGUCCUUCGAUAAACAAGUGCCCCUCUGAAGUAUACACGACCACGAAAUCUGAGCGGCAGCUUCGCGCUAACGAGGUAGCGCCGGACAGGAGCGACGGCUAUUCGGAAGUGCUGUGUCAGGGCCUCAUAACCUCAGUCGACAAUGAACCGAAAUUGACAACAGCAUCGCGCGUCACUGAUUUCAACCAAAGCGAUGGCGGCCUGGCAAUGACGUCGGCGCCCCCUCCUGUCGCAGCGGAAAAGGAAGUGCACGAUGACGCGCUUGUGACGGUGCUCAACGACGAACCAGUACCAAGCUUGAAGCAUGCGCUGCUUGACUUGCUGACCGAAUCGGAAAUGAUGCUCGGCAAAGUUGCACCAGUGUGGAUACUAGAUCGCGAUUCAAACGUCUGUAUGCUCUGCGAAGCGAAGUUCACCGUCAUCAAACGACGCCAUCAUUGCCGCGCUUGCGGUCGAGUACUCUGUUCCGAUUGCUGCUCGGCAAAAGCACGACUUCGGUACAUGGACAACAAGGAAGCGAGGUUGCCUAUCCAUUGGGUGAUUAAGGAAUCAGUGUCCGUCAACUUCGCUUCAGUUGGCGAUCAACUCAAAGGGGAGGGAGGCAUGAGCAAGAUAUCUGGUACAUUUUGGAGUCUCAUCGCUCUGUUCUCUCUAGUCACUGAAAUGGAGGAAGCGAGUCCGAAUCUGGCCGUCAUGUCGCAGGGAGAGCGCAGCUCGUACUGUUUGUCAAACGAAGUUGCUCGUGACGAACUACCGUCACGUAUGCCGGCUGGUGUACUGAAGCGACCAGGAACGCCGUUGCCCGAUGCCACCUCCAUUCAAGAUGCACUGGUGAAAGAAAAUUUAAGUGUCACAUUCCAGGUGAAACGCAAUUUGAAAGUGAAUGUGAAACUGAUGAAAGAUGCCUGGAAUGCAUGGUGUUUCAGUAGCAAGGGUCUCGUGAGCACCGGAGCCAGAGAAGUUCUUUUCCUUUUGCGAUGCCGCGAUGACUUUUCGCUGUUUCCGAUCGUGUUCUUGUCUUUCUUCGACUUGCUUUACGACUACUGCCUCGAAGGACACCACGUUUCCAGCCUUUUGUUUUUGCCGUUCGCAGACCUUUCGCCAGACGACCUGUUCCUUAAGACAUUGUGCGCCGAGGACAAUACCGGCAUGCUGUUCGUCGCCGCGCCGCUUUACGUUAUCGAAGAGCUGUGCAUUGCCGAAUCGUGUUCGCUGCUCGCACUGCUCGUCAAAAAGCAGGAAGCUCCAUGGGCGCAGGUACUGCCUCUGAGACUUCUGCUGCGCCUCGGAUACGAGUAUAACUGUAACUUGGGCCAUUACGCUUUCAGCUUUUGCAUUCUUUCUUCAGGCUACCCAUGGCCAGCAGUAUCCAUCAUUGAACGCGACUGCGUCUUCUUUAAACUCGGUCACACUGUCAUGUCCUUGCUUAACGACUUUCGGAAUUUCAGUUACAGUAUUAGCAGGAUAGCCGGCUGUUACGUGACACUGUCUGAUACAUCGGUCAACAUAUCGUUUGAACUGCGUUCCUACGAACAACUGAAGAAAGUUUUCGACUGCAAUGAUGAGCACGUGAUCGCGUGGAGUACCGAUUUUAGCAUAUCAGCUGAUUCGUACCUCGUCUGCGUCGAAGACAAAAAAAACGGCGGUACUUACCGAACUCAGAAGCUACUAAAAGUCGGCACACCAGAAAACGGUAUGUAG